AUGUGUAGACUUGCCAAAAACAAAUCCGACAACACCCCCAGCCAACUCAACCAAUCCUUUGAAAAACUCGAUAACCAUGUUGAAGACGCCUGCAAAGGUGUUCAGGAUCAGAGCGAACGUGCGUUCGACGAGGUGGCCAGCGGUGGCAAAGAUGGAGUAAAUGACCGCGAAGAUGGAUUGGAAAAGGUCAGAGAGAGAGGAGAUAAUGGAGGACAUAGUGGCAGUAGAGGGGGUGAAUUGCUCACUCAACGAGUCCUCACGACCUUCAUUGCCUCCCACCCCCACUCAUCCACGAUGUCCAGCUCCCUGAACAAGCUCUUCGAGAAGGGCAAAGCAAAAGUCAAAGAAUACAGCUCGUCGCACUCCUCACACCCCAGCCAAGGGUAUCCUAGCCAGCAGCAACAGCAACCACCGUAUCCCGCCAGUCCCUAUCCCCCACAACCAUAUCCACAAUCACCGUACAACCAACAGCCACCGCCGAAUCAACACCCAAACCCCUAUUCACCAAACCCCAACCCUCUGUACCAACACCAGAAUCCCCAGUACGGGCCUCCACCAGGUCAGUGGGGUCCACCACCUUCACAAGUCCCCUCUAGCUUCUCCGCGCCGCCAAUCCCGCAACACAGCAAACCUAGCGCACGCCCGGUCCCGACCCCCACAAGCACAACCGAGAAUGGGGACAAGAACAGGAUCAUAUAUUGGCAACCCACCUUCUCCCCCUCCAUUCCAGUAACCCAAAAUUUCACGCAUGAACUCGGUGCCCACGGCUGGGGCAACAACGAAUCGCAAAACUACGUCUCAUCUCCCUCAAACUCCUUCCACACUCCCGACGGUCGCCUCGUCGUGCGCGCGAUAUCGCAAAACGGACAAUACACAUCCGCGCGCCUGACUUCGCACCAAACGCUCUCGCGCGCGCGGGGUUACCUGAGCGUCAGUAUAGUUAGCGCGCCGUGUGCAGAGGGAAUAUGGCCAGCAUUCUGGCUGCUCCCAAAGGAUCCGUUUAAAUGGCCGGAAGAUGGGGAGGUUGAUAUUUUCGAGUCAUGGAAUGGCGAUUGCGUGAACCAUUCUUGUCUGCAUUGGGGGCAGUAUAACGGCGAGGAUUGGAACAAACACCGCGUCAUUGAAACACAUAUCCCGUCCAUGGCAUCUAGUCGGCACACUUUUGGAUUCGCGUGGAUGGAGGAGGAAGGUGUGCCCGGGUGGAGAGGGAGGCUGAUGUGGUAUAUUGAUGGUAAACCUGUGAUGCGGGGGUGUAUUCCGCUAGGCGCGAGGAGGAUGGAAGAGUUUAGGAUUUUGGUGAAUGUGGCGAUGGGGGGGAAUGUAUGUCAGGGGAAGUUGCCCAGGGAAGGGGUGUAUGAUUUUGUGAUUGCGGGGCUGGCGAUGUGUCAGGAGCCGGAUGGCGGGUGGGACGGCUUUGAGAGGGCUUGGAGGGAGGCGCCGGAGGGAAAGACGAUGUGAGAUGAAUAUGUUUAGAUCUGGAACUUGAACCAAGGACCUUACUCUUUGGGUUGGGGUUCCUUUUUGCCACACGUUAAGAAUGGUACGAGGAAUCCCUAUCUAAACAUACAAAUGG